CAGCAUGACAUCAUCUUGUGUACAUGCGUGGCAUCUUCCAGUAAUAUGCUGACAGAGCUGCCUAUCACGCAGGUGAUCAUUGAUGAGUGCGGGAUGUGCACUGAGCCGGAGUCUCUUGUGCCACUUGUCAGCCACAAAAGUGUACAGUCGAUUGUGCUGAUCGGAGACCAUCGUCAGCUUCGCCCUGUAGUAAAGAAUGAAGUUUGUAAACUUCUUAAAACAGAUCGUUCGCUCUUCGAGAGGUAUGAGGAAAGGGCGUUGUUUCUGGACACUCAGUAUCGUAUGCAUUUAGAUAUUUGCACAUUUCCAUCUAAGGAAUUUUAUGAUAAUCGCCUCCUGACCAGCCCUCAGCUUAACCUGCGGAAAAGCCUCUUUUUUUCACGAAUGUUCCACCGUAUAGUAUUUGGAGAAGUGAAUGGGCAGGAGCAAAGUCUGAUGGUCACCACUGAAGAAGGAAACGUUAGCUCAAAGGCGAACCUCCAAGAGGCCAAGGAAGCAGUUCGUUUGGCUGCCUUACUUGUUUCUCAGUCUGUAGAACAAAGUGACAUCGCUAUCCUGACCGCAUACAAUGCACAAGUGUCAGAGAUCAAUAAAAGGCUGCAG